AAUGGAGUAAAAGGAAAAAAGAAAGAGAGAGAGAGAGAGAGAGGAGAAGGCAAGGAAUGGGAUCCUGUUCAUCGUAGCAUUACUUUGAUGGUCGGCAUCCUUGUGGCGAAGGUAACCAGGUACUGCUAUGAAAUCAAAUGUGCAAUGAAACAAGGAAAGAAUUGCAUUUGCAUAAUUUCGUGUGAUUGAAGACUGAAGAUAAUGGAGAAUGUGAAGGUGGGAUUGUUGGAGAGUUUCAUGAGAAACCAUCAGAAAUCGCUGCAAUCUCUAUUCAAUCGCAAAAGGUCGCCGUCGCCGUCGUCUUCGUCUUCAUCUACAUCCCCUUCUCAUAAGCCCAUACCUCAGCUCUCUCCUCUCGCCAAUUCCGUCGUCUCUCGCUGUUCCGAGAUCCUUCAAGUCCCCACUGAAGAAUUGCAGCAUUGUUUUGAGACAGAGCUACCUGAGAGCGUUAAGGAACCUUUGACUUAUGCUAGGAAUUUUUUGGAAUUUUGCUCAUAUCAAGCACUUCAUCUGUUGAGUAAACGUCCCGGGUUUUUGAGCGAGGAAUUCCGUCAUUUGACGUAUGACAUGAUGCUAGCAUGGGAAGCUCCGAGUGUUGAGAGUGAAACACUAGAUAAAGAAACUGCUUCCUGUAGUAACCAGGAAGUUGAGCAUGAGGAUGGGUGGUCUCUAUUCUAUUCAAGUUCUACAACUAUGGCAGUUCAGGUCGAUGACAAGAAAACUGUUGGUCGAGAGGCUUUUGCACGAAUAGCCCCUGUUAGUGCUGCCGUUGCAGAUAUAAUAACAAUCCACAAUCUUUUUGAUGCACUGACAAGUUCUUCAGGCCAUCGACUUCAUUUUCUUGUAUAUGACAAAUACAUUCGAAGCCUUGACAAAAUCAUUAAGGCCGCAAAAAAUGCAGUGGCACCUGCAGUUGGAAAUCUUCAGCUUUCUGAGGGAGAGAUUGUCAUUGAUGUUGAUGGUACAGUUCCCACCCAGCCAGUUCUGCAGCACAUUGGAAUCUCUGCAUGGCCUGGGCGAUUGACACUGACCAAUUAUGCUCUGUACUUUGAGUCAUUGGGAGUUGGUAUAUAUGAUAAAGCUGUUAGAUACGAUCUGGCAACAGAAAUGAAACAGAUCAUAAAACCCGAAAUGACUGGACCAUUGGGUGCUCGUCUAUUUGAUAAAGCUCUGAUGUAUAAGUCGACAUCUGUAGCAGAGCCUGUUUAUUUGGAGUUUCCUGAAUUUAAAGGCGAUUCUCGCCGUAACUAUUGGGUGGAUAUAUGUCUUGAGAUCCUGCGUGCACACAGGUUUAUUAGGAAAUACAACCUUAAAGAGAUUCAGAAAUCAGAAGUACUAGCAAAGGCCACUCUAGGCAUAUUCCGUUGCCAUGCAGUUAGAGAAGGUUUCCAAUUCUUCUCAUCCCAUUACAAAAGCUUACUUGCUUUCAACCUGGCUGAAAGUCUACCAAGGGGAGAUGCAAUUCUGGAAACUUUGUCAUAUCGCUUGGAACUUCUGGAUGUUGGUGCCGCCCAACAUGAUGGUGCUGGGGUUUCAUAUGCAAAAAAGCAGUCCCCAACAAAACAGCAGCCAAAAUUGUCCCCAGUUUCACUUCUGACACUCAGUCAACUUGGUUUUAUAUUAAAAAAAGAGGCAAAUCUAGAUGGAGAAGCGGUAAUAGUUGGAGACAUUUAUGCUGGUGAGACGAAUCCCUUGGAAAUGGCAGUGAAACAAUCAUUAUUAGACACUGGGAAGGCUGAAGCUGCUCAGGCAACUAUUGACCAAGUGAAGGUGGAAGGAAUUGACACAAAUGUUGCACUGAUGAAGGAACUACUGUUUCCAGUUAUUGAAUUAGCUAGCCGUCUUCAACUUUUGACCUCAUGGGAAGACCCAAAUAAAUCAACGGUUUUUCUUGUGUUGACUGGCUACACUAUUUUAAGGGGGUGGAUCAGUUAUAUGUUGCCGGCCAUCUUUUUGUUCAUCGCAAUUCUCAUGCUCUGGCGCAGGCAUUUUAACAAAGGGAAGCCAUUAGAAACCUUCAAAGUAACAUCUCCCCCCAAUAGAAAUACUGUGGAGCAGCUUCUGACAUUGCAAGAAGCCAUAACUCAAGUUGAAGCACUAAUUCAAGCUGGUAAUAUUAUUCUCCUGAAGACAAGAGCUCUCUUAUUUGGUGUACUUCCACAGGCCACAGACAAGGUUGCUCUAGUGCUGGUCUUCAUGGCUGCAGCAUUAGCAUUUGUUCCCCAAAGGUACAUAGUUCUACUUGUAUUUCUAGAGGCUUUCACGAGGGAAAUGCCAUAUAGGAAAGAGAGCAGUAACAGGUGGGUGAGGCGGGUUAAAGAAUGGUGGGUAAGAAUACCAGCAGCUCCCGUCCAGCUCACUAAAGUUGAUGACAAGAAGAAAAAGAAAUGAUAAUUGCUUGUAAAUGGCAAAGUGGAGACCGCUACUUCCACUUGUCAGUCCUUGCUACGAUGUACUCAUAUGUAGGAUCUCAGUUUGUAUAUGUCAACAGAAAACUCUCUUCACUCUUCACUUCAUAUGUUUGGACUCUAAACGAAUUAACUGGGGAUUCAUUUCAUGCGUUUGGAACACUAACUAGUCUGCAUCAAUUCAAUUUGGAGCUUGUGAGAAUU